AUGUCGGGUCACUCGAACGAUUGUGUACAGCCUGUUAUUUUCUUAUCGCAUGGAGGUGGGCCUUCAUUCUUCAUGGAUAUCAAGGAAUAUCCAGGUAUGCGUGGAAUGGAUCGGGACUCGGAGGCAGCAAAAUUCCUGCAAAAUCUGACACGAACUCACCUGAAUAAACGGCCAAAGGCGAUCCUAGUUGUCAGCGCCCACUGGGAAGAAAAUGUCCCAAGCGCCAUGGACGACCAAGAUCAUUCCUUGUUCUUUGAUUAUUACGGAUUUCCUAAGAGCAUGUAUGAACUGAAAUGGCCUGCAAAAGGAGCUGCCCGUGUCUCCGAAUUAUUCAAGACACGCGGUAUAUCAUGCCGGCAGGCGCAUGGUCGUGGGUUAGACCAUGGCGUUUUUGUGCCCUUCAUCUUAGUCUGGCCAGAAGCCGAUAUCCCAACAUUUCAAGUGUCUCUGAAGAAUACUUUGGACAUGAAAGAACACCAAGAAAUUGGUGAGGCAUUAUCAGAACUACGCAAAGACGGAAUACUUAUUGUUGGAUCUGGUUUUAUGACUCACUCUAGCGAAAAAGCGAAAACUGUUGAUGGUGUAUUUGAAUGGGCAACCGAAUUUAAAGUUUGGGAGCGCAAUGUAUUUUGUAACCCCAAAUUAUCACCAUCAGAAAGGAAAAAACAAAUGCUUGAGUGUGAAUCUCUUGGAUUUUUUCACAAAGCCCAUCCCCGUAUCGAACAUUUCCUGCCAUUGGUUGUGGCGUCUGCAGCAGCUGGUUACGUCUGUGGAGAGGCAAUAUUUUCUCAGUUUGUAUCCCCAAGUUUAUUGUUGGAACAUGUCCUGUUUAAAUCUGACCCUUAACAUGUAACUAAAACUGGUUGAGGAAGGUUUUGCACGCCGACCUUACAAAACCCCUCACUGCCCAAACAGACCCAUCGGUUGGAGGGGUGUCACCUGAACGGUGCAAAAAGUCUCGUCUGCCAAGAAUAGAGCAUCACCAACAAAUGGUGGAUGCAGUAAUGUACUAUUACUUCACCUCCCUCCCCACCACUCAUACUACUACUACUACUGCUGCUGCUGCUUAACGAAAGAUCAUGUAACACACACACACACUUGAAGGGUUUAAUUAAGCAAGCCAAACCCUAGUACUUAUUCUAUUGGUCUCUUUUGCCAAUAAGUUACAGGGACAUAAACAAACCAACACUGGUUGUCAAGCAAUGGUGGGGUACAAACACACAAUGUUUCUGUCUGCCAAAUUUACUCCCAAGGCCAUUGGUUGGUUUGAGGUUACUCAGUGGAAGACUUCUGAUCAAAGUGCUGUACAGCGAGAUUGAAUGCAAAACUCCAGGGUUGCAAAGUCAGG